CGGUAUAAUGCUAUUGGGGCGGCAGAUCACUUACUUCUGACGUUCCAAAGCCUCGGGGAGUUGGCUCAAGAUUGCUUGUCUUUGAUAAGGUCCUUGCAACUUAAUAGCAACUUUGCUUUCAAAAAACGAAUAAACUCUCAUUAAAAAAAAAUCGAACGAGCCGCGAUGUAUGUCUAGGUGUCUGUAUUAUUAGAUAAAAGGACGAGAUGCAGAACAGAAACGUUGUGUUUUUUUUACAGUGAGUAAAACGAGAUCAUUAUUUUAUACACCCCUUGCUGGACCAGGCCGUCGGUUCCUCGCUUUGAUGUCCACAGCUAAACCUACAGAACAGUUUUUGUUAGGAAUUACAAUAGCCCGGAGGACAUUUGGAGCAAGCAAUGACUGCUUGAAUCACAACCUGUACUGAAGGCAAACGGGCUCUUUUUAAAAGGGGGGGAAGUCCGAUUUUAAACCCAGAACGAAACGCACCGCGGCUCAGUGCAGAUUGUGGAUUACUUUUUUCCCUGCGUGAAAGAGAGAAAGCAAGGUGUUUUGUUUUUUCCCAGGAGCUGAAAACUAAUGGAUCGAUGAGAGAAGGGCUGAGCAGACCCCCGCUGUCCUGUGAGAUUACUGUGGCACUCUCAAAGGAGAACGCGAGACUCCGGCGGCGGCAGCAGCCCGAACCCGAGCCAUGAUUAGGACGCUUACGGACAGCUUCAGAGAAGAUGCACCUCGACCUCCGGUACCAGGGGAGGAAGGAGAGUCCUCAUGCCAGCCCCCGCGCAAGCUCGCCAUGAAAACCCCAAAGGCGAAGACAACCGUCGCACCCCUCUCCUCGGACGCCACGCCGCGGAGGAACGAGGGUGAACUCGGGGAGCCCGAAGGCAGCGCCUCCCCGGACUCCCCACUCUCUCGGUGGACAAAGUCGCUGCACUCCCUGCUGGGGGACCAGGACGGUGCUCACUUGUUCAGGACCUUUUUGGAACGCGAGAAAUGCGUUGACACUUUAGACUUCUGGUUCGCCUGCAACGGAUUCAGGCAAAUGGACCUCAAGGAAACCAAAACGCUACGAGUUGCCAAAGCUAUUUACAAGAGGUAUAUCGAGAACAACAGCAUCGUUGCCAAGCAGCUUAAACCCGCCACGAAAACCUACAUAAGGGAUAGUGUUAAGAAGCAGCAGAUCGACUCUGCGAUGUUUGAUCAGGCGCAGACCGAGAUUCAGACAACGAUGGAGGAGAACGCCUACCAGAUGUUUUUGACUUCUGAUGUAUACCUCGACUACGUACGGACCGGGGGCGAGAACCCGGCGUGCGCGAACCUGAACGGGCCAGGGAGUCUGAAAGUCGUGUGUGGCUACUUGCCUACCCUGAACGAAGAGGAGGAGUGGACUUGCAACGAUUUCAAAGCCAAGGCGCUGGCAUCUGUGGUGGGACUUUCUUCAAAAUCGUUAAGGGCAACCGCAUCACUGAGAACUACGGAAGUCAUUGAAAAUGGUUACAGGUCCUAUAGACGUAAGGACCCUGUCAACCCGUACCAUGUCAAUUCUGGUCAUGUGUUUGCUCCUGCAACCAGUGCGAACGACAGUGAAGUAUCCAGCGACGCCAUGACUGACGAUUCCAUGUCCAUGACUGAUAGCAGUGUAGAUGGGAUUCCUCCGUACAGACUGGGGAAGAAACACUUGCAGCGGGAGAUGCAGCGCAGUGUCAAGAUGAAUGGCCAGGUCUCGCUACCUCAUUUUCCCAGGACACACCGGCUGCCCAAGGAGAUGACUCCCGUGGACCCAGCCUCCUUCGCUGCGGAGCUCAUCGCCCGGCUGGAGAAGCUCAAGAGGGAGCAGGAAACCAUGAGCAGCCUGGAGGAGAGGCUGCAGCAAAUCAAAGAGGAGGAGGAGAAAGAGGAUACUGAGGUGCCAGCCGGGAGCGAGCAGGCUGCUCUGGAGGCAGCACACCUCCAGCCUCACUCCCUGGCUCUGCUACCGUCGUCGGGCAGCUGCGAGGAAGACCCCCAGGCCAUCCUGGACGAGCACUUGUCAAGGGUGCUGAAGACACCAGGGUGCCAAUCUCCGGGAGUGGGCCGCCACUCCCCCCGCUCCAAAUCCCCAGACCACCACCACUACCCCCUGCACCGGGGCAGCGUGCCCUCGCUGCCGUAUCCCCUGGGCUCCAAACCCUUCGUCACCAAGCAGUCCACCAAACAUGUUCACCACCACUACAUCCACCACCACUCGGGGCCCAAGAGCAAGGAGCAGAUCGAGGUGGAGGCUGCCCAGCGGGUGCAGUGCCUGUGCCCGGGCAGCACGGACUACUGCCCCUACCCCAAAUGCAGAAGCCACUCGAAAGACCAGUCCGCGGGGCAAGGGGAUCAAUACGGAUUUGGCAGCCGGUCUAGCACGCUGUCUAAGAGGAGCUGCAAAGCCAGCGAGAACUCCGCAUUUCCCAACGGGGACGGGGGGAUGGGCUCUGGGCAGCUUCCCUCGGACGGGACGGACCGCUCCCACAGCGUCUGGCAGUGGAUGUUGGAGGGGGAGAGGCAGAGCAAGCACAAAACACACAGCACUCAAGGUACGAAGAAGGUGUACGGCUCCGACUCGAGAGGAGCCCCUGGGGAGAGGUCCGGUCGCCAGCACUUGUGGGGGAGCGGCGGUCACCAGCGGACACACCAGCCAGCCCACCCCUUCAUCCAGGACCCGGCCAUGCCCCCCCUGCCCCCUCCCAACACCCUGGCACAGCUGGAGGAGGCCUGCCGGCGCCUGGAGGAGGUGUCCAAGCCAGCCAAACAGAGGUAUUCAACAUCAAGCCUUCAGAGAGACAGGAGUCACCCAAGUACUUUGCAAAGUGGAGUCCCGCCUUUAUCAAGUCCUGGACUUCAAACAGAAGAACACAAAGAACCAAAGAGAGCGCACAGUGGUCCCAGUGGCCAGGCCAGUGAGAUGGUGGUUACGUACUUUUUCUGUGGCGAGGAAAUCCCUUACAGAAGGAUGAUGAAGUCACACUGUCUGACGCUGGGGCACUUUAAGGAACAGCUCCGGAAAAAAGGAAAUUACAGGUACUAUUUCAAGAAGGCCAGCAGUGAGUUUGACUGUGGUGCGGUUUUUGAGGAGAUCUGGGAGGACUGCACAGUUUUGCCCAUGUAUGAGGGGAAGAUUCUGGGGAAAGUGGAAAGAGUCGACUAAAGAGAAAGGACUUUUGAAGAUUCUUUUUUAAGCUAAAGAGGUAUAUCCAGGAGACCACACAUUUGAAGGAAAAAUGAGCCAAUGAAGAAGAAGUAAUAAUAGGAAACGGAGUGGAUGGAAGACUUACCUGACAGCAGCAGGGAUUGCGUUAUACAGGUUCAUAAACUUGGCGUGGAGAAAUAUAAAGAGCUCAGAACUGUGUGUAGCUGAAAAAAAUAAACAUGACCACUGAUUGGUUAUUGAAGACGCUGACCAUUGCAAAAAAGACUUUAUUGUAAAAACCGCGGACUUCCUGAGGAUAAGGAAUUGACAGACAUGGAACUGGACUGUGCGUCUGCCUUGUUGCUUUUUGUUUCAGUUUUUAUAUAUAUAUUAUUAUUAUAUUAUAUAUUAUUAAUAAACCUUAAUAUAUAUUUCUUAAACUGUCACCCCCUGUCCCUACUCCACCGUGUCCAGAUUAUGGAUAUGCUGCUUCAAAAAAAAUUGAGAGAACGAAAGUUGUCUUUCCGAUUUUUACAAGGAUUUCAUUACAGCGCAUCCUUGUUUUUUUUUUUUUUCCCCCGAAGAUGAAUUAUAAAAAAUAAUGAUUUGCACCUGUUGAAUCCACUGGUGUCGAAGUGGACCAGUCUUAAUCCAUGGUGCUGAAUCGCUCGGGUUCACGUGCACUCCUUCUAAAAUAGUGGAUGUUUUUAAGUUGCCUCUAGUGCCUCUCUGUGGCCGGGCAUUGCACAGACUAGAUAAGAAUUCAAACAGCCUGGAAUACACGACCUGAAUCACAAGACACGUCGUAACGUUAUUAAAUAAGAAUUCAUUCAUUAUUUAAAAUAACAACAGCAAACAAGUUUACAUUAAAGUAGCAGGCGCACCAAAAUACCAUUGUGUAUUUAAUGAUAACCUGUAUCCAGGAAAUAUUCUUGUGUAUUAAAGAACGUGUGUCUCUCACACACACACACACACACACACACACACACAGAGUUUGUAAAAGAAAAAGACACUCCACAAUCGCAUUUUUAAAUUUUUUUUUUUUUUUUAUUGCUGUAAAACAUUAUCUAAGAAAGAAAAAAUGUACAUAUUGUAACGAUUGUAUUGUAAGAAUUGUAAUACACCGUGGGAUAGUGCUGAAUUAGUACGCGUGCCUGCAUGGUGUUAAAAUGCCAUGUGUCGCCCUGUGUUCAGGGCACAAUAUUCCCUUGCUUUUUUAAGGGGCUUAUGUUUUUAAAGAUAUUUUUAUCAGUCUUGUAAUGUAGUUUUUUUUUGUUUUUUAGUUUUUUGCCAUGGCAUUUUUGUUCUACUUUAAACUGUAAAUUAUGCAUUAUAAAAAGUUUCCUUAAAAGAAUCCUUGGUACUUUAAUUAUUGUAAUUAUUAAGAGAUGUAGCCUUUUAUUAAAAUUUUAUAUUUUUCAAAUGAAAA